AAAUCAACCAGAGGGACUGCGAAGAUUAUAUCAAGUGGAUGUAACUCAGUCUCUGAUAAUGAGGCUGUAUUGAAAAGAGUGGUGGCAUAAUGGAAAUCUACCGAGUUUAACGACAACUGCGGAUUUUUGGAUCCCAGCUCGAGCACCGCUAUCAUCUGAAGUUGGAAAUCACUGCAAUGACUGACUCCUCAAAACCUCCUUUAGGGAGGAGAAUGAAGGCCCGUGCCCCGCCCCCGCCCCCGCCACAUGUCCCUCUACCCGCCCCACGCCACAUCUUCAGAAACGCUGUACCUGAUGGGGGAGGGACAUCAGACAUGGACGCCAAGGAGAACCUGCUGAGGCCCACUGUGGAUUUACAGCUCACCCUACCCCAGGGACACCAGACUGCUGUCACUGAGGAUGGAAGUAAGGCUCUGAUGGACCUGCUGGUGGAGCAGUGCAGCCGUCACCACCUGAACCCAGCGCUGCACACCCUGGAGCUGCUGACGCCCGAGGGCCACUCUUUGGGGUUCAAGCCCAACGCGCUGCUGGGCUCCCUGAACGUGGCCUGCGUCCUCAUCAAGGAGAAAGUCUGGGAGGAGAAAGUGGUGCGCAGACCGGCGCCCAAAGUGCCAGAGAAAACCGUGCGUUUGAUGGUGAACUACCACGGCAGCCAGAAGGCAGUGGUGCGGGUCAACCCGUUGGUGCCGCUCCAGGUUCUGAUACCAGUCAUCUGCGAUAAGUGUGAUUUUGAGCCGGCACAUGUCCUGCUCCUGAAGGACGGCAUCAGUCGCCACGAGUUACCGCUGGACAGAUCUCUGCUGGACCUGGGGCUCAAGGAGCUCUACGUACACGAUCAGAGUCUAGUUCUCCAGCCUAAAAUGGCUUCUGCUCCUGCUCUUAACUACUCAGAGUCCAUCCACUCUAAUACUAACAGUUUGGGCAGAGCAGAGAAGAAAGGCCUUCUGGGUAUCUUCCAGUUCAGCAAGAGGAAAACAAAGACAGAAACAACAUCUAUGGACAUGGAUGACUGUGAUGAUAGAGUAAUCCAAAAUACAGACACACAAUCCGAUCGUCUGUCCACUGCGUCGGGGGUCAUCAGUGCAGAAGGUCGGCCCCGCACCUUGGGCCAGUCUCAGUCAGUCAUGAACAUACUAAGGUUGUCUCCCAAGUCUGAGGCCAAGAAGAGGAGGGCCCCAGCACUGCCAGGGGCCCCAACACCCAGCAUGGGACACAGCAGCUUUGAGGGCUAUGAGAUGGGCCUUGGCACAGAAACCCUGCAGAGGAAGAGAAAGGCUCCGGCCCCUCCCCCCACCCCAGCUUCCACCACCCCAGGCCCUGAUGACACUUCGACCUCCGCCUCUCCCACCCCUGAUGCUACUGAAGCUCCUACCCCAUCCUUCCGUAUUAAAGUGGCACAGUCAAACACUGUGUCCGAUACCACUGUGGUAACGCAAACAGUAAACGCCGUCCCCUUGAAAACUGUAGCACAGCCUCCACCUGUGAUCGCUGCCACCCCCACCCCCAGCUCUCCGACCCCCAGCUCCCCGACCCCCAGCGGCAGCAGCACCACAGACAGCCUAGCGGUCCAGGACUCCAGCUCUGAACUCAGCCACAGCCUCGAGGACUCUGACGUUGACCUGGACCAGGCGGUGUCGUACUGCAGCACCCUGACCAGCAGCACGGAGAGCGGCUCUGCUCGGGUCCAUCCCGCUGUGAAAAGAUCCAGCGGCAGGGUGGAGGAAUCCCAGAAGGCCAGCAGCACGACGGCCAAACUAGAUCCAGAGGCCAUCUCCACCAGCAUCUCCAGAUCAGACACUGAGUCGGCCCUGAACCUGAAACUGGAUGACGUUGAGAACAACAGAAACAGCGCAAUGGGAGCCGCUGCUCGACCAGUGCCACCUAAACCUCACCGCUCACCAGGCCCCCUGCAGCUUGUCCUCCCGUCCUCCCCGUCCUCCCCCCCCAUUGAGCCCACAGAAAGCAGAUCCCCGCAGAGUCCCAUGGAGGCGGAGGAAGCGGCUCCCCAGUCUUGGCUCCACUCCAUGCAAAGCUCCGCAGCCGUGUCAAGGAAACCAGAAACGGGCACGCCUGAUGAGGAGACCGCGUCUGUGGGCAGUAGCAGCAGCAGCAGCCUGCCUGACCAGGGCUACGCUGCCUCUGAAGGCAUCGCAGAGGGCGAGGACAUGGGCCUGGUCGGCUCUCCAUCUGACACCCAACCCACAUCCCCAAAUGGGAGUUUGUCCCUGGAUGGAAAUAGCCGACCUGGACCAGAGAGGCUGCUUGGACCAGUACGGGACAAUUCCAGUGACAGUGACGAGGGCUGUGCGACCUGGGGAUCAAGACACAGGCACAAUGACAUCAGCCCACAAGCAAAGUCUGGCAGGUUAAAAAAAAAACAUGACCCAGAGCUCACAGCCCAGCUCCAUCAGACUUUUGCAGAUUUUGAAGCGAACCUUGCAGAUCACAUAGAUAUAGCUUCAGCAAAGAAGUCUCCUUAUACCAUGUCCACAGACAGUAAUGAGGUGCCGGUGUCCGUAGUGGACAUGGAUGUGCCAGUCACAGCCAUAGAUGAAGUACUGGAGGACUAUGAACGCCACAUUGUAGAGAUUGAGACAAAGUCACUAACCAGGACUGCUGGCAGCAAAGGUCCAGGCUUUUGUCAGCAGUCCAGUGUGGAGCCACAAAACAAAAACAACAAUGCUUGUACAGCUGCUGACAGUAAUAAAAGCAGCCGUGCAAACACUAAGCAGCUGUCUCAACCUGAGAAGCAUAGAAAGUCACUGGAGAAUAAGUCUUUCUCUGAGAAGAAGGAAGGCAAGAUACAAGAGACAAAAACUAAAGAGAUGCGUGUCACUGAUACCAACAGUUUGAAAGAGGAAAAACAAAGAACAUCAGCAGUGAAAUCCAAUGUAGACAAGCAGAAACACAGCAAGCCUGACCCUGUGAAAAGUGACGCUCAAUCUUUUCAAGAGAAGAAGCCUGUUUUUCCACCAGCCAGUCAGAUAUCAGUACUGCCUGUAGAGAGAGAUGAAGAGAUGCACAGAGUUAGCCAGGGCCGCAGCUCUAAUACUUCACACAGUCAAAUAACUCGUAACGUCACAUCACGCUUCGGUAUGAAAACGUUCACUGUGGUCCCUCCCAAACCUUCUGUUGUGCAUGCUGCUAUGGAAAAGCCAGCUGUCAAACUAACUGUCGGUGCCAUUAAGAUUGACGAUCAAGGAAACAUGGUGAAAGGGGGUACCUCCCGAAACAGAGUCGGUGGUGAGUCUGGACUUAAUUCCAGUGAGGGGUCUCCUCUUCUUGGAAAAGCCAAAGCUUUUUGGAGCUCAAACGAAAGACAAGAAAGUUCUGUGCCUCACAGCAAAGAUGUCAGUGAUAAGGUUAAAGAGACCACAGAUGGCCUGAAAAGUAGUCCCGCUGCAAUCUCAGUAACUACUUUAAGGAGCAGUAACACUGAGGACCUGAAGAUGACUCAAACUCCAGUUUAUAAACCUGCAGAGAGGACGCAGCCUAAAGAGAUGGUUAGAGAAGAAGCGAAAGAACCAGCAAGAGCCGUCAUAGUUGCAAAAGAAGAGCAGGUACAGGUGGAGAGCAACAUUUCAGUGUCCAAAAACAAUCGCCAGCCAAGUAAUUACCCUACGCUUCCCCCUCCCAUGCUUCCAGACCUGAAGAGAGACCUGUCCUUCCUCAAACCAUCCAGGCGGACCUCCAGUCAAUAUGUGGCGUCUGCUAUCACUAAAUACACCCCACAGACCUCAGCUAAACCCAGCUCUAUCUCUAAUGUACAUGACUCCUAUUCUUCUUCGAAGUCACAGACUGUCGGUUUCCAGAGGGCAGGUCGCUCCAUAAAAGUGAAUCCAAACCAAUCCUCCCAGUCAUCUUUGUCAGAUAAUAAGGAGAAUCACUCUUCUUCUAAAUCCAACCCGCCCGGUCCUACGAGGUCUAUGAGCUACCCGGAGUAUAUUUCUGACUGCCAGAGAGAUUUUGCAGGAGUGAGACCGGACAGGGAAGGAUUUGGAAGCUCUGUCGGAUCCACCAAAGCAAGUUUUAAUUCGCUGGAAACAGAAACAGCCAAUAGGCUUAUUCAGUCUAGUAGGCCAAUCCAAAAUGACAUGAUUGCCAGUAAUGACAACGAUAAUAUUAAACAAAUUCGUCUGAGAAGCCCCAGCCCUGCACAAAGCAGAACUCCACAUUCAUCUUCCAAACCUCCCACGGCCCCCAAGACUGUGUCCGAAGACCAGACAACUAACACGAGGGGCACGACCAAGGCAGUCACCAAUCUGAUACCUGAUGCAAAACUCCAGCCUUCUGUCACAGUGACAGACACAAGUGCUUACACAGGUCCUCCACCCGUUACACUGUUUGGGCCAGUAAAAAAGUUCAGACCAGUGAUCUCUAAGUCUGUUGAGAAAGACUCGUCUCUGCAUGGCAGCCUGAUGGAGGCCCUCCAGACAGGCGGAGCCAGGGACAGGCUCAAGAAGCUAUCCACUUCUGGUCCCAGCAUCACAAAGAAAGCCUCCUAUGUAGAGGAGGAGAAUGAGAGAUCUGCUCUCCUGGCUGCCAUUAGAGCCCAGAGCAGCUCCGGGAGGCUGAAGAAGACCAAAUCUGGGUCUGCUGAUGAGCUUGAGAAGUUCAGGACCGUGACAUCUGAGGAGGCAGGCCCUCCCUCCUCUCCCUCUCCUUCUGUCUUCACCCCACCACCGCUCCCACCAGCCCCCAUGAUGGCACCUCCACCUCCUCCUCCUGUCUUCUUGGCCCAGGGUAGGACUAGCACUGUGGCAGGUGCUAACGCCCCCAUCAUCCCUGCCUCGGCCAGGGAGGCUAUGCUGGACGCUAUCCGCACUGGAUCUGCUGCUGAGAGGCUAAAAAAGGUCGCUGCACCCAGAAAGACAGUCCAAGUGAAUGGCAGACUGGGAACAAUCCAGACAACCUCCUCAACACUCCCUCAGCCAUAGGAGGGGACGCCCACACCACCGUAACAAAGGACAUAUUAACGCUAUUAAUAUAUCGUUUCAGGUCGUUAUUGUUUUGCCAUUGUGCUUUUGCAAAAGACUUUUGGAAAACUUGAGUCACAUUUUGAGUGGAUGCUUUUUGAAAGUUGUGGGGAACCUUAUCAAAGGCGUGACACAAAUUCCAAUAUAAAAAAUAAGAAAGAAAGAAUGGUUUUUACAUGCCACCUAGAUAUGAUCGUUUGUUCAUAAAGGGUUUCGCACCUCUGACAACCAACCAGGGCCUUAUGCUUAAAAGAUUUUGUAUGAAAGGAGAAUAUUUAAAUACUACUAAUAUGUAUUUAUGUUGUGAAAGUGGUUCUUAGUAGCCAAACCAAUACGAUCUCUCUGAUAAUUGUGUCACAGGUGAAAGGAUUGCAGUUAAUUCCAUGUAUAAUAUCAGUUCUAUCAGUUAGCUUUUAACAAUAGCCUGCUGGAGAGAGUUCAUGUCCAUCUUUACAACAUUUCGCAGUUCCUAAACAUAUCUUGCCAUCUGUACUUGAAUUCAGUAGUCUUAACUGGAAUGUUGUACAAAGUGUGUGCCAAUGAAAGCAGAUUUAAAUGGUUUAUGAUUUUAUUUUAUUUUUUCCUUGAUUUUUUCCCCUCAGUUAAGUUAUGGAUGCCUUAAACUGUUGCUCACUCAGUGUUAUGUAUAUGAUGUUUGCUUUAAAUAUUCUAUAUAGGGUGCAAUAAGUUGAAUCUGCUGAUUUUCCAGAUUUCAACUACUUAUUAUUUGUCUAACAAAUUACAAAAACUGAAAACUUAAGUGCAUUUUCAAAAAUAAUGGAUAUAUCCAUUGAUGUUUGAUUUUUUUGUUUAAAAGUAUAUUUUAACCAGAUCUGGUCCAUACAGUAUGCCAACUUCUGCAUUUCUUGGCUCUGAGAAAGAAAAAGAUGGUGAUGACUGAUUUGUGCCUUUUAUCUAAAUAUACUUCUAAUUUAGCUUCUAAUCAUCAUUUUGUGCUGCUGUUUAAAAGACAUUGUAAUGCGUGAGUGGCCUGCAGAAACAUAUACUUGUACAGUAGCGAUACAACUGACCGUGCCUUUGAUGUUAGAUCUAUUUGAGAAAUUAAGAUGAACCUUUUCUUUCCUUAAAAUGUCAACAUUUUUGAAGCACUGUUAUGGAAAGAUAUCAAUGGUGGAUGUCACCAUGAGCAAAGAUAUAAGUUAACUAACCAACAAGUUACUAUGGCGAUUGGUCGUAGGAAAGCUGUAGGAAGGCAGUAGUUUAGGUUGCCUUAAUUUAGGCACAUGGUGUUGCAUUCCAUUGUGUUCCAUUAUAAGUUUACAGUGUGGAGUAGCUAUGAUGGCUAUGAGAAACCUAGAGCAUUCAUAUUCAGGUAUAAAUGCUUGCUGCUGUGGAUUGUGAGAAAUCUGAGUAAAGGGAGUCCUAGUUUUAUAGAGAUUAAUUUUAAUUCAUGCUCACCUGUUUUUCCCUGAGAGGGAAAACCUUGAGAUAUAUUUCUUUUUUCACUAACUAGAAGGGAUUAUUUCAUUCACGCAAUAGCCUAAAGCACAUUGUAGCAUUGUAUAUUUUGUACACGAGAAUCACCGUAAAAUAUUUGAUACAAAUCCUCAAUAGAGAGCUAUUUCACUGAUAGUGUGAACAUUUUAUAAGCUAUUGCUUUUUAAGUUUUAAGUGCACAUUUAUAUAGACGUUUAUUUUUGUCUGCCCUGCUUUUUGAUUCAAUAAAUAAUUUUGCAAU